AAAAGAAAAACCCUGACCCACCCUCCACCAACUCGCAAAACCCUUGACAAUGGCGAAGAAGAAGAAACGAGAAGCAGAAGUUCAUGAAGAGCAAAAAACUGAAGCUAAGCAGCUCGAGAUACCCAAUGGAGAUUCUUACCAAAAGAAGAAAAAGAAGAAAAAGGAUAAGCAAGAAGAAGGGGUCAAACCCAAGGACAUACCUACAGUCACCAUAGCCUUGCCGGGUUCUAUAAUCGACAACACACAGUCCUAUGAACUCGCAACCCGAUUGGCUGGUCAGAUUUCUCGUGCCGCAACUAUUUUCCGAAUUGACGAGGUGGUAAUAUUUGACAACAAGAGUAACUCUGAAAAUUAUUAUAGCUACCAUACAAAAUCAGAUAACUCGGAUGAGAAUGAAAGUGGUGCAGAUUUUCUUAUAAGAAUCUUAAAGUACCUUGAAACCCCUCAGUAUCUGAGAAAAGCUUUAUUCCCUAUGCACAAUAGCUUAAGAUUUGUGGGUCUGUUGCCCCCGCUUGAUGCUCCACAUCAUUUGCGCAAACACGAAUGGGGUCCCUUUCGUGAAGGUGUUACACUUAAAGAAAGAGCUCCAAACUCGUUGGGAACACUAGUUGAUGUGGGUUUAAAUAAGAAUUUUGUAAUUGAUCAAGUGCUCGAUCCUGGAACGAGAGUUACCGUGGCUAUGGGAACUGAUCGGAAUCUGGAUGCUGAUUCAGUUCGCCAGGUUGUUUCAUCAUCCAAGCCCAGGGAAGAAGCAAACAUGUAUUGGGGUUACAAAGUGAGAUAUGCUUCCAAUAUAAGUUCAGUAUUCAGGGAAUGCCCAUAUAAGGGAGGCUAUGAUCAUUUGAUUGGAACCUCAGAGCAUGGUUCGGUUACUAAAUCAUCUGAUCUCGUUAUACCUACUUUUAGGCAUCUGUUAAUUGCUUUUGGUGGACUUGCUGGGUUAGAAGAGUGCAUUGAAGAGGAUACUAAUUUAAAAGUAAAAGAUGCGAGUGAAAUAUUUCAUUCAUAUUUGAACACAUGUCCGCAACAGGGAAGCCGAACAAUUCGAACCGAGGAAGCAAUCUUUAUCUCUCUUCAAUAUUUCCAAGAACCAAUCAGCCGGGCAUUGGAGUAAAUUUAAGAUUUGAGUAAAGCCAACUAAUUGCAGAACUCAAGGAACAUCACAACUACAUUCAUGUAAUAUCAAUAUUCAGUAUCAAAAUCUUUGAUGCCAACAAGAUGAAGACAUAAUUCCUUUUGUUUUCAAUCUUGUCAAUUUUCCUCCAAGGUCGUUGGAAAAUUGGAAUUAGCAUUUUUGUUCGAUGGGAGAUAGCAUUUUUGUUCCAAGGUCUGAGAUUUGUCUGCCUUGUCCGUCAAGUAAGUUGGUGGAGACUAUUAGAGAACACAAGCUUUUAAUGCUACUGUUGUAAAAUUUGAGCUUUAAAUAUCGAAUGUUGAUCUUUUUGCUA